CGAGGCCAUGGCUGUCUCUUUCCUCCCCGUUCGAAUCCUCCGCCUUUAUUUUGCUUGUCUCUCAUUCGGCCUCGUGCUCGUCCUCUUCCUCCUGCACGGUCCGAGGAAGAAAGGGGAGAGUCCAGGUCAGGUGAAGCCAAAACAGCUGCAUCGCUCCGCCGCUUGAGGUUCUGUUUCUCAUCGCAGCGCCGGAUCCUGAAGCCAAGCCGAGAUUUUGGGAGGAAUGGUCGGGACUUGGCGACGGGAAUGUGACGAUGGAGGCUAGCAUUUUGUGCGGAUUGGAUCCCGUGCCCCCAGAAGGUCGAUUCUUGGCCAUUGUCUCUUCGUUGAUUCGAGUUUUCUAGGGUUGGAUUUUGUUGAGAGGCGCAAGGGUUUCAUGAUCUGAGUAGGGUUUUGUUUCAUCCAUCGAGAUGGGAACUUCUGCAUCGAAACCAUCUAAAAAUGGCGUUUUGCUUCUCUGCAAAUAUCGCAUAGAGCAUACCAAGCAGGUCAUUGAUUCGAGGUAUGCUCUAUCGGCAGCCCACCUCUCUUACAUCCAAUCUCUUCGCAGCUUUGGGGCUGCCCUCAGGCAGUUUGCAGAGGCCGACCUUUUGGUAGAAUCAGCACUUUCUACUUCUGAAGUCGACAAAUCUCCAUCACACUCUUCUUAUGCAUCGCCAUCACCUUCUCGGUUUGUCGAGUGUGUUGGUUCGCCAUUAAGUGCAAGUCCAUUGACACCUACAGCUGCCAAUGUGAGCUAUAUGAGGGCAACAGGGGCCUCCUCUAUAAAUGUGACACUUGAUCAUCAAUCAGCAAACCAUUUUGUCGGCGAGGAUUCUCUUACUUUCCCCCUUCCGCCGCCACCGCCGCCACCUCCUCUUGAUGUCAAUUCAUCAUGGGACUUCUUUGAUCCCCGCGGAGUCGCUGGCAAAGUCAGCAUGCCAACUACAGAAUGCCAUCAGACUUCAAAAGUUAGUAGGAUGGUAGGUUUGAUACAGAUAAAGGAAGCAGAAGUUGCUCCAUUCAAAGAAGAGUCACUUGAUAUCCACAAGGAGAAGAUGACCAAUCAUGAACCCCAGUCCACUGAUUCGGUAUGGGAAAAGAGUCAUAAGGACAGAGAAACAGAGCUGGCGAAGGAAAUAUGUCCUGAAAGGGAAGAUUUUUCUGAGUUCAUUACGCAUCGAGCUAAAGAUUUUGUGUCCAGUAUGAGGGACAUUGAGAACCGAUUUCUUCGUGCUGCUGAAGAUGGCGAUGAGGUUUCAAGGAUGCUUGAGACAAAGAGGAUCAAGCUUGGCAUCUCUACUGAGACAAUAGGCAAACAUCAUGCUUACUCAGUUCUGGUGAUAUUAAGUCAGGUUUGUUGUACAGGAGAAACUUCUCAGAAGUAUAAAGAUUCUAACCAGAAUGCUGUGAAAAUCAUCACUUGGAACCGUUCCAUCUCCUCUCUCUCGUCAUCAUCCAAAAGUCCUCUUGCAACAGCUACAAAUGAUGAUGCCGGAGACGUUUGUAGUGAUUUUGUUGAUGAGUUUUCUAUGAUAUCGGGAAGCCAUUCAUCCACACUCGAAAGGCUAUAUGCAUGGGAACGGAAACUAUAUGAUGAAAUCAAGGCUAGUGAGCAUAUCAGGAGGACAUAUGAUCAGAAGUGCAACUUACUCAGGCAUCAAAUUGCUAGAGAUUCAAGUGCAGCAGUAAUCGACAAAACCAGAGCUGUUGUCAAGGAUCUGCACUCUCGAUUGAGGGUGGCCAUUCAUUCAGUUGAUUCAAUUUCAAAAAGAAUCGAGAAGAUGCGAGAUGAAGAACUACUUCCGCAACUGAUGGAGCUCGUACAAGGGUUGACAAAGAUGUGGAAAGCAAUGCUCGAAUGCCAUCACACACAAUUCAUCAAAAUAUCAUUGGCUUACCAUGCGAAGACCUUGGCGGCCGCAACACAAAGUGAAGUUUACAAACAGGCUUUGAUUCACCUAGAACGCGAACUUGAAUACUUUGGCUCCCGCUUUCUGAACUGGGAUGAUGCUCAUAAGUCCUACCUGAAAGCACUCAAUGGCUGGCUUCAAAAAUGCAUUUUGCAACCACAGGAACGCAGAAAAGGAAGGAAGAAGCCUCUCUUUCCACCUCGUCAAGCCAUUUCUCCGCCGAUAUUUGUAGUUUGCAGUGACUGGCUUUCAGGGCUCAACUCACUUCGCGCUGAAGAACUCCUUGAUUCUAUCAAGGGCACUGUGUUGGUUAUUCACAAUGCAUUAGAGCAUCAAGUAGACUACAAGGAGCUAGGCAAAGUGCCUGAUGAACCGGAAAAAAAUGGAGUACCCGAGAGCAAGGAAGAUGGAAAUUGUGAGAAACAUUUAAACUUGGAUGAUCUGCAAGCAAGCUUGACGAGGGUGUUUGAUAGGCUGACAAAAUUCUCAGAGGGUGCCCUGAAAGUUUACGAAGAUGUUAAGCAGAGCAACGAGAUUGCGAGUGUUGCUUAUUCAAACACAGGGAUGAGGUACCUGCUUUAGAUGCUCCUCUCACAUAAAUUCUUUUGUUGGUUCAGUCAGUCUAAUGCUUUAGUGUGGUUUUUGUUUCAAAGUUUGAGGUUUUCACUAAUUUGAGAUGAACUCUUGAUUGGCCUUAAGAUCAAGGAGUCUUAGAUUAAUGCUUGAUACACCGAUCUUCAAUCGACUUGCGAAGAAUCUCCCCUAACUAGGUCUCUUGGUGGUGAAUGUCAUCUCAAUGGAAUCAAUCAUUAGAUAGACUUCUAUGUAUGCAUACAAUGAAAUAACUUUGUCAUCCGACUAUCAAUUCGGCUAUACCAUGGGAGUAAUAUAAAAA